AUGAACGCCCCAGCAAGUUUUCAGAGGUUCAUGGAACAGUGUUUAGGAGAAUUAUGUGAUGAAAUUGCCAUUCCUUAUUUGGAUGAUGUGAUCGUAUUUAGUAGAAUAUUCGACGAACAUGUCGAACACUUACGAACAGUUUUACGUCGCCUAAGAGAGCACGGUGUCAAAUUAAAGCAAAGAAAAUGUAAAUUGUUCAAACGUGAAGUCACAUUCCUCGGUCGAGUAGUGUCGAAAGAUGGCUACAGAAUGGAUCCCGAGAACAUUAACGCAGUUGCGAGUCUAAAGAACAAUACUCCUCAUACAAUAGGAGAUCUUCGGAAAAUGCUUGGAUUACUCAGUUACUAUCGUCGUUAUGUACCCAAUUUCGCGCGAAAGGCUAAACCAUUAUACGACCUUGUUACACAAGCAGCAACAACAGACCUGUGUCAUGAUUAA